UUACUUUUGAAAUCAAACCCACUCGCUUUAGUUGAGACUUCGCUUCACUUCAUCUCCAAGGGAGAAGAAAGAAACAGAAAAUCAUGGAGGAUAUCAGAGCACGCGCCGCCGCCAAGGCCUUGCCACUGAACUCCCAACGCAUCUCCCGACGCGCCACCGUAUUUAACCGCUUCUUCGCUGCGAUUUACGGCGGCGCUAUUUUGGCUCUUUUUUACUACCACGUGGCUUCACUUCUCAAACCCACCUCUUUGGGUUCCUUCUUCGUCUCUGUUUCGUUGUUCAUCUCCGACCUCGUUUUGGCCUUCAUGUGGGUCACCGCUCAAUCCUUCCGGAUGAAUCCACUCCACCGCCGUGAGUACCCUGGAAAUCUGAAAGAGUUACUGAAGAAGGACUCCGAUUUUCCGGCGUUGGAUGUGUUUAUUUGUACGGCGGAUCAGUACAAGGAGCCGCCGAUUAACGUGGUCAACACGGCCCUGUCCGUCAUGGCCUACGACUACCCCACAUGUAAGAUCUCCGUGUAUGUGUCCGACGACGGCGGCUCCGCCCUGACGCUCUUCGCUUUUAUGGAGGCGGCUAGGUUCGCCGCCGAGUGGUUGCCGUUUUGCAGGGAAAACGACGUCGUAGAUAGGAAUCCUGCUGCCUUCUUCGUGUCCAACAAGGAUUGGAACACUCGGACGGACAGGAUGAAGGAAAUGUAUGAGAAAAUGAAAAUGAAAGUAGAAAAAUUUUUAAAGGAAGGGAAGGUUGGAGAAGAGUUCAUGAAUGGAGAAGAAGAGAGAAUGGUUUUGGAUAAAUGGACCAAUUCCUUCACUCCCCAACAUCAUCCUACAGUCAUUCACGUAUUGUCGGAGAGCAGUAAGAACACAGACAUAACCGGAGAGUCGUUACCAAAUCUCAUCUAUGUUUCGAGGCAAAAAAGUAAAACAUCCCGACACCAUUUCAAGGCGGGCGCUCUCAAUACUCUGCUGCGAGUAUCAGCUACAAUGACCAACGCACCCAUUAUCCUCACUUUGGACUGCGACAUGUAUUCCAACGACCCCCAAACACCAGCUCGCGUCUUAUGCUAUCUAUUGGACGCUAAACUCGCGACCCACUUGGGCUAUGUUCAAUUCCCUCAACAUUUCCAUGGAGUUAGCAAAAAUGAUAUCUAUGGCGGCGAGUUAAAGCGCCCAUACAUAAUAAAUCCACCCGGUAUGGAUGGGCUUCUAGGCCCAGAUUACUUCGGCACCGGCUGUUUUUUUGUUCGGAGGAUUUUCUUUGGAGGCCCAUUUUCAUUCCAAUCACCUGAACUCUCCCAACUUGGCCCAAAUCAUGUUGUCGGAAAGCCCAUUAAAUCUCCACAAAUCUUGGAAUUGGCCCAUCGAGUUGCGGGGUGUGAUUAUGAGACUAACACCCAGUGGGGUUAUAAGUUGGGGUUUAAAUAUGGGUCUGUCGUGGAGGACUUUUUCUCAGGCUAUCGGUUUCAAUCCGAGGGGUGGAGGAGUGUAUUCUGUAAUCCAAACAGGGCGGCUUUCUAUGGCGACGUCCCCAUCAACCUCCCCGACGCGUUGAAUCAAAUCAAGAGAUGGGCUAUUGGGCUUCUGGAAGUCAUUUUCUCAAAUUACAGCCCAAUUACAUUCGGUGUAAGGUCCAUGGGCCUUUUAAUGGGCUUUUCCUACGCCCAUUAUGCAUUCUGGCCCAUGUGGUCCAUUCCGGUUGCGGUUUAUGGCUUCCUCCCCCAGCUUGCCCUAAUCAAUGGCGCCGCCAUCUUCCCAAAUGUAUGGGAUCCAUGGUUUUUAGUGUACGCGUUCCUGUUUGUUGGGGCUUAUGGUCAGGACCUGUUAGAGUUCGUUGUCGUGGGAGGAACAUUCCGAAAAUGGUGGAAUGAUCAAAGAAUGUGGAGUGUAAGAGCGCUGUCUUGUUUAUUGUUUGGAACCAUGGAGUUCGUGUUGAAAUCUGUGGGGUUUUCGAAUUUCGGUUUCAAUGUUACUAGUAAAGUAAUGGAUCCUGAACAGAGCAAGAGGUACGAGGAGGAGUUGUUUGAGUUUGGAGUUUUCUCGCCGAUGUUCGUGCCCAUUGUCAUGGUUGCAACCGUGAAUUUGGCCGGUGGGGUCAUCGGAAUUUGGAGAUCGUGCGGCGGAGGCGGAUGGGAAGAAAUGUUGCCUCAGUUGUUGGUGGUUGGAUUUGCGGUAGCGAAUUGCUGGCCGGUUUAUGAGGCCAUGGCUUUAAGGAACGACGGAGGGAAGGUGCCACCCAAAAUUACCUUCUUAUCCCUCUUCCUCGCUCUGCUUCUUUGCUAUUUUGCAGCUUUUUUGUUUUAAUUAAGUUAAAUAUUUUCAUUUAACUUAA